UCAUAUUAAUAAUUGUAUUUUUAUUGUUUGUUAAAUACUGCACUCGUUUCGUUAUCUUCACGGUGGCUAUGUAAUAUAUAAACAAACAAAUGGGUGUCCUUUGAUAAAUUAUUUGCCUUUCAUCUCUCAACGAACGCUCUUUCCUUCCUGAUCACAGCUCAGCCUGACCCCAACUCUCCCUCUCUCUCUCUCUCAGGCUUCAGAUCUGAGAUCUCUUCCAAGGAAAGAAGGAUUAAGAUGAAGGCUCUCAUUCUUGUUGGAGGGUUCGGAACUCGGUUGAGACCAUUGACUCUCAGUUUCCCAAAGCCCCUUGUUGACUUUGCCAACAAACCCAUGAUCCUUCACCAGAUAGAGGCGCUCAAGGCAGUUGGGGUUGAUGAAGUGGUUCUGGCCAUCAAUUACCAGCCAGAGGUGAUGCUUAACUUCUUGAAAGACUUUGAGGCAAAGCUCGAAAUCAAAAUCACUUGCUCCCAAGAGACUGAGCCUAUGGGUACGGCUGGUCCUCUGGCUCUAGCUAGAGACAAACUGGUUGAUGGAUCUGGAGAGCCCUUCUUUGUCCUCAACAGUGAUGUGAUUAGUGAGUACCCACUCAAGGAAAUGAUUGAGUUUCACAAAGCUCAUGGUGGGGAAGCCUCCAUUAUGGUGACAAAGGUUGAUGAACCGUCCAAGUAUGGAGUUGUGGUCAUGGAUGAAACUACAGGAAAAGUGGAGAAGUUUGUGGAAAAGCCAAAACUCUUUGUAGGCAACAAGAUCAACGCUGGGAUUUACCUUCUGAACCCAUCUGUUCUCGACAAGAUCGAGCUAAGACCGACAUCAAUCGAGAAAGAGACCUUCCCCAAGAUUGCAGCAGCUCAAGGGCUCUACGCAAUGGUGCUACCAGGAUUCUGGAUGGACAUCGGGCAACCCCGUGAUUACAUAACGGGCCUGAGACUCUACUUAGACUCUCUGAGAAAGAAGUCUCCCGCCAAGCUAACCACUGGUGCACACAUUGUUGGUAACGUUCUGGUGGAUGAAACCGCUAAGAUUGGGGAAGGGUGUUUGAUAGGACCAGAUGUGGCCAUUGGUCCAGGCUGCGUUGUUGAGUCAGGGGUUAGGCUUUCACGGUGCACGGUCAUGCGUGGGGCGAGGAUCAAGAAGCAUGCGUGUAUCUCGAGCAGUAUCAUAGGGUGGCAUUCGACGGUUGGGCAGUGGGCUAGGAUUGAGAACAUGACGAUCUUGGGGGAAGAUGUUCAUGUGUGUGAUGAGAUAUACACCAAUGGAGGAGUUGUUUUGCCACACAAGGAGAUCAAAUCCAACAUCUUGAAGCCAGAGAUAGUUAUGUGAUUAUCUAUGUGGAAACCUUUUUUGUUUUUUUUUUUGUGUAUUUUUAUCUAUCAAACUUUGUGCUUCUGUUAUUCUUCUUUGGCUUUGAAUAAAGUAAAAACAAAAAUGAUGUAUAUCUAUCUUGUUAGUCAUUUGGUGUUUUGUCUCUAUUUUUUUGUAACUUAUCAAAACAGUUCUCAAUUGAAUAUUAUUCUUUUUCUUUU